GACCAUGGGGCUGAUUGACACAGGGAAUAGCCUUAUAUUUAUCACUCAGUGUGUGCUGUCUUGGGGACAGGCCCUGUGCUGGGUGAUCCCAGGGACCCAGAGUAUCAUCCCGCCUAGUCCUUUCCCUGAAGAGCACUUUUUGGGCAGCCUGGGUGUUGUCUGCUCAGAGGUCCCAUGGAGGUUGCUGCACUGCCUGUCAAGCAGGAGGCCCUGGCCGAGGGCUUGAUGCUGGACUCACCGUGGCACCGCUUCCGCCGCUUCCACCUGGGCGAUGCACCUGGGCCCCGUGAGGCGCUGGGGCUGCUGCGUGCCCUGUGCCGGGACUGGCUGCGGCCUGAGGUGCACACUAAGGAGCAGAUGCUGGAGCUGCUGGUGCUGGAGCAGUUCCUGAGUGCACUGCCCGCGGACACGCAGGCAUGGGUGUGCAGCCGGCAGCCACAGAGCGGAGAAGAAGCAGUGGCCUUGUUGGAGGAGCUCUGGGGACCAGCGACCUCCCCAGAUCAGUCUUCAGCAAUGAGGCCACCUCGGGAUAUGGCAGAAGGCUCUGGGGUCAGUGUUGGAAAGGAAGAGACUGAGAUGAUUCCCCUCGCAGGAGACACUGCCCCUGGGGCUGAGGUGCCAGCAUCGGGGACUGGGAACUCCCAGGCCACGCGCCCUUAUAAGCAGGAGCCUGGCAGUCCCCCGCUGCCCCCGCUGGCUCCUGGCCUGCCCAGCUUCCUGGCAGCUCCCAGCACGACCUCUUGUCCGGAGUGCGGGAAGACAUCCCUGAAGCCGGCCCACUUGCUGCGCCACCGGCAGAGCCAUUCUGGUGAGAAACCACAUGCCUGCCCUGAGUGCGGCAAGACCUUCCGACGCAAGGAGCACCUGCGGCGCCACCGGGGCACGCACCCUGGCGGCCCUGGGCCGGCCCUGCGCCCACUGCCGGCACGUGAGAAGCCCCAUGCGUGCUGUGAGUGCGGCAAGACCUUCUACUGGCGCGAGCAUCUUGUGCGCCACCGCAAGACACACUCAGGUGCACGGCCCUUUGCCUGCUGGGAGUGUGGCAAGGGCUUUGGGCGCCGCGAGCACGUGCUGCGCCAUCAGCGCAUUCACGGCCGGGCGGCGGCCAGCACACAGGGGGCAGUGGCACCAGGCCCUGAGGGUGGGGGCCCCUUCCCACCCUGGCCUUUGGGGUAGUCCUGGCCCUUGCUGUAGCCACACCAGCUCCACCCUUCCCUCGUGUCUUCCCCCUCUCCCCCACUGCUUGGCUCCUCCCCCGUUCCCCUUUGUCCGAGCUUAACAGCGCUGGUUCCGGUCUUACUCCUCUCGCAUCAUGGCCUCCCUGUUCUCCCUUCCUGGUUUCUUCUCUCUGUGCCCUAUGGAGGGUGCCUUGGCUAAACUAUCCUAUUCUCUCCCCUCCUCUCUCUCUCUAUCCCCUUCACCCCCCUCUGUCCCCACCCAGCCUCCCUCCCUCCUUGGUUCCCUCUCCCUGGAGAGCAGCAAUGAGGCCCUGGGCCCCAGACAUGAGGAGAUUGGCAAGGGCAGUGCUGGCCCCCCUUGAUGAAACGAGGCUGAUAGGAAAGGGGUCUGGUCCCUGGGAACCAUCCCUUGGGGAACAAAGGUUCUGACACUGGACCCAGGUCUGGCUGUGGGCUCUCAGCCUCCAAGUCUCUCUGAGACAGAGGUACCUGCUCCUGGGAAGCUCAUUGGGGACAAUUCACCAGCAUCCAGAGUAAUAAAGUCACUGACCAAGCCUAUA